AUGUGCAAUGCCGGCGGUGCUUCAAAGCGCUUAGACGAGUACAUUCGGAGCUUUGAAGAAAGAUAUGGGGCGGUGCCCAUCGAGGAGAUCCCGGUGAACACCUCGCAGGUCUCAUCGAUCAGCGCUGUCAGCGAGCCGAAAGCGGGCCUGGCCAGCGUGGCGCGGGAGUUCUGCCGGACGACGCCCAGAUUUCCGUCCGAGCCGCUGGCCUGCGAGUCUUCGCCCAUGCCCCGUCAGGCCCCAGCUCGAGGGCCCCAAGGCCCUGGGCCCUCGAGCUGGGCCCAGCCAAGCUUCAAGGCGCUGCACUUGAGCGAGGUUUCAACGAGCCAUGGCCAUCCCAGCUACCCCUCCAGGCGCCAGACCAUGGACCAGUCCUGGCUGUCAGUGUCCAGUCAGUGUGGAGAGGUGCUCCAGAGCACAGAGAUGGCGGCCCGGGGGCCCAUGCAACGCCCUGACAGAGCUCGGGCACCCAGCAAUCCGCCGGAGCUUUCUUUGCGAGGCCCCGCUCGCUGUUCAGGGCCCAUGGAUACGCACAUCUCCAUGGACCGCAUGGACCAGAGGGACACGGCGGCGGCAGUGGAAGCUGCCAAAUCUGCGGCCUCCGCGGCUGCAGUUGCCUCAUCCCAGGUGACAGCGCGGCCAAGGCCAAACUUGGAACUGGCUGACCCCUUGAGCUUGCGAACGGAAUCCUCGACGCUGAGUGCUUCACAGCUGGGCAUGGGACGGCACGCCUCUCUGGAGGACGAGGUCAAUUGCCAGAGCCCAGUUCACAUACCACAGCCUUCCAAGCUGUUGCGCCGAUUCCCCAAAACGGAGACGGCAGCGCAGACGCAAGAGGUAUCAGAGCCUCUGGCUGACUGGGCUGAAGUUGCCUUGUGCGACAUGAGUGCUCAAACCGACAACGAGGGGACGGGCGAACCAUGCGCGAAGCGCACUGGCGCCCUGCCAGAGGACCCCGGCUCCCCCCUCGGAUUCUCUGCGUGGCGCGGCGUCCAGUCCACCCCCGACUUCGGAGAGGAGCUGCGUGCGGCCAAGGUGUGGACAUCAGGCACAACAGGCACCACGGACACGACAGGCACGACAGGUCGCGCCGGGUUAGCGCUGGGGGCGGUCAAGGAUCCUCAGAAUGCCGAGCUGAACCAGCAGCUGCGGAAUGCCUUGGUCCUCUCUGACAGUGACACGGAGUCCCGUCAGGCCCCGGCUCAGCAGCCCGCCCAGCCUGCAACGCGUCCUGCGCUGAGAGAGAAGCAGCAGGCCGCCCUGGAGGGCUUCCGCGCCAAAGCGGCGGGGCGCCUGCUGGAGGUGCUGGGCCAGGACUGCAAGGCUUUGGCGGAUGAGCUGGCGGCAGCUUUCGUCAAGGCACCUUUUGGCGGACAUUUGCAGGGUGAGAGAUGA